UACUAAACUAAUCCUUCAAAAAGAAGUUAAAAUAUUUUUGUAAAAUUUUCAAAUGUCAGCCAAGUUUUGCGUUAGGGACACAUUUAUAUAUAGCAAAAGCCUGAGCUGUUUUUAAACAGCUAAAAACAGUAAUAUUUAUUACAGUCUACACAUUGAAAACAACUAGUGCAAUGUAAGAAGUAUUAUGUAUCUUACUGUUGAUGUGUGAGCAGGGAGCACAGCUAUCUGCAUUUGUAUUUUGUCUGAGAGUCCUAAGUGUUCUUCACCAACUUUUUCUUCCUCAUAGAAGCAACAUGACAUAGUUAAGGGUGUGGACUCUGGACUCCUGCUGCCUGGGCCCCAAUUCCAGCCUGGGGCAUGCUACUUAAUAUCUCUGUGCCUCAAUUCCCUUCCCAUAAAAGAGUAGUGAUAGUGACAACAUCUUGGGAUUGCUUUGAGGUCUAAAUGAGUUGAAAUUUUCAAAGCACUUAGAAUAGUGUCUGAGACACUAUUCUAUAUAUUAGAGCUAUAUAUUAGAGGUUAUCAUCAUUAUUUGUAUUUUGUGAAUUACGCUGCAAAAAAAAAAAAAAAAAAAAAAAAAAGGUUGGCUACCCAACAUUCAUCCCCCACCUUCUUGCUGCCAGUGCCUUGAUUUGGUUGUUUGUUGUUUGUUUGUUUUCCUAGAAGUGAUUUAGGGGCAGUUCCUGACUACACUAAGUCAGGGUUUGACAAAUGACGGUCCAUCAGACAGAUCUGGCCCACUACCCAUUUUUGUAUCCUGCAAGCUAAGAAUGAUUUUAUAUUUCUAAAUGGUUGAAAAAAAUAAAAGAAUAUUGUGACACAUGAAAAUUAUAUGAUAUUCAAAUUUCAGUGUCCAUAAAUGAAGUAUCGAAAACACAAAUACAAACAAAAACAUCUGUUUAUGUUUGACCUGUGGCUGUCUUUGCACUACCCCAGCAGGGUUGAGUAGCUGUGGCAGACACCUUAUGCCCUUGAGCCUAUGAUCUAUCACUUCACAAAGGUCUCAGUCCAUUACCCAGACUGGAGUGAAGCUUGAAAUAUUUUCAAAUUUAUCUUGUGGUUUCUUUUUUGAUCCAAUGAUUUAGAGUGAUUGUUCCAGGGAUUAUGAUGUGCUUUUGAUUUUUUCCAACGAAUGACGGACGAAGUGAUAGACUUCUUCCCCGGCUGGAAGGGGGCUCUGGAGCGCUGCCCGGAGGCAGUGGAUGGAGGGCACCGGGCACGGCACCAAGAGCUCUGCAGCCAGGGUCUGGUGCACCCUCUUGUUCCACCUCCCAGGAGCCACGCAGCCAGCACCCGCAGCGGCCUGUGCGCCCCAGCCAGGCUCGACCUCAGCGCUGUGGCAGCCGUAUACCUCACCUGGGCAGGCCUCGGGCUGCAUGCAGGCCGUAGAGUGCCCAGGCCCCUUGAGGCAACCAGAGGGCUGGAUCUGCAACACGGCCCCGGGGAAUGGAUGAUGCACAGGCGACGAAGCUACACUGUCUUUCCUUUUGCAGGAGAUAAAACUUUUUUCAGUCUACAUGCCUGCAAUCACAUGGCAUGGGACUUUCUCUACCAGGCUCAUUUUUUAGACCUGAUGUUCUCCAGAUUUCUUUAUGUGGCUGCAGAUGGCAGGAUUUCCCAAAGCUUUGUGGCUGAAACAUAUUUCAUGGUGCAUCUGUACAGCAGUUUCUUCAUCCCUGCAGCUGUGUACGGACAGGUUUUUCCACAUGGCUGCAAAUCACUAGAUUUCACCCAUUUCUAUGGUUGAAGAAUAUUCCGUUCUGGAUGAACAUUGCAGUUUCCUCAUCCCUUCAUCAACGGAUGAAAAGGCCCCUCUGCUGCAGGUCUGCUGGAGUUUACUGGAGAUCCACUUUAGACCCUGUUUGCCUGCGUCACCAGCACAGGCUGCAGAACAGCAAAAAUUGCUGCCUGUUCCUUCCUCUGGAAGCUUCUUCCCAGAGGGGCACCUGCCAGAUGCCAGCCAGAGAUCUCCUGUGUGAGGUGUCCGUUGACCUUUACUGGGAGGUGUCUCCCAGUCAGGAGGUAUGGAAGUCAGAGAAUCACUUAAGGAGAGCUCGAGUGCUGUGGUGGGAGAUAAGCUGCUCUCUUCAGAGCCAGCAAACAGGCACGUUUAAGUCUGCUAAAGUUGCUCCCACAGCCUCCCCUUCCCCUAGGUGCUCCGUCCCAGGGAGAUGGGAGGUUGACCUAUAAGCCCCUGACUGGGGCUGCUGCCUUUUUUUCAGAGAUGCCCUGCCCAGAAAGGAGGAAUCUAGAGAGGCAGUCUGGCUACAGCAGCUUUACCAAGCUGUAGUGGCCUCCACCCAGUUAGAACUUACUGGCAGCUUACACUGUGAGGAGAAAACCGCCUGCCUACUCAAGUCUCAGUAAUGACCGACACCCCUCCCCCCACCAAGCUUGAGCAUCCCAGGUUGACUUCAGACUGCUGUGCUGGCAGAGAGAAUUUCAAGCCAGUGGAUCUUAGCUUCCUGGAUUUUGUGGGGGUGGGAUCCUCUGAGAUAGAUCACUCAGCUUCCUGGCUUCAGCCCCCUUUCCAGGGGAAUAAACGGUUCUGUCUCGCUGGUGUUCCAGGUGCCACUGGGGGAUGAAAAAAUACUCCUGCAGCGAGCUCAGUGUCUUCCCAAAUGGCCACCCAGUUUUGUUCUUGAAACCCAGGGCCCUGGGGGUAUAGGCACUAGAGGGAUUCUCCUGGUCUGAGGGUUGUGAAGACUGUGGGAAAAGUGUGCUAUCUGGGCUGGAGUGCACCAUUCCUCACAGCACAGUUCCUCAGGGCUUCCCUUGGCUAGGGGAGGGAGUUCCCCAACCCCUUGCACUUCCUGGGUGAGGUGAUACCCCACCCUGCUUUGACUCACACUCUGUGGGCUGUAUCCACUGUCUAACCAGUCCCAACGAGAUGAGCCAGAUAACUUAGUUAAAAAUGCAGAAAGCAGCUGCCUUCUGCGUUGCUCUUACUGGGAGCUGCAGACUGGAGCUUUUCCUAUUCAGCCAUCUUGCCAGUCACCAAAAAUAUCUAUUUCCUAUUGAAAUGUCUUGGCAUCUUUGACAAAAUAAGCUUACGAAAUUAAUAUGAUUAUUAAUGGACCUUCAGUUUUAUUCUACUCGUGUACUUAGAUUUAUCUUUUUUUAUUUUUUAAAAAUUUUUUUAUGAGAUGGAGUUUUGCUGUGUUGCCUAGGCUGGAGUGCAGUGGCAUGAUCUCAGCUCACUCCAGCCUCUGCCUCCCAGGUUCAAGC